AUGCUGCCAUCGACGUAUUUGCGUGGCCUUGUUGGCCUUUCAGCCGUUCAAAUAGCCUAUGGGCGACCUCAUUCCAUCAGAGGCGAUACCGACCAAGCGAUGGUAAUACAAUUAAUACCAGAAGUUCCAUCCCUUGAAAACCUCGCGAUCCGUCGUAAUGGAGAUAUCAUCACCACAUCUACCCGGUCUUCCUCUCUUUACCUCACUUCUCCACGCAAACAGUACGGGGCUGAUGCUAUUUUGCUUCACCAAUCCUCGAAUCUCAAUGCUCUUCUCGGCAUAGCAGAGUUGGAGGAAGAUGUGUUUUACAUUACGGGUGGUGCUGCUCUCACUAUGCCCAAUCCUUUCAAUGAGGUGUGGAAAGUGGACCUGCGUGGUCUUCAAAUUUCUGCCAAUGGUACAAUUGUCCAACCACCUGCCAUCGUUCUUGCUGGCAACGACAGCACCGGGGGCUUAUAUAAUGGCAUGACACAUUUGGGCACCAACGACACGAAUAAUAUUCUCUUGGCUGACUCCCUGCUGGGCACUGUCACACGUCUCGAUGUUACGACUGGGGAGUUUGCAGUAGUCAGCCAGGACCCGCUCCUCGCCACGCCCAAUACAACUAACCUCGCGGUCGCUGUCAAUGGAAUUCACACUUACGGCAAUUUUAUAUACUUUACCAACCUGAACCAGGGAAUAUUCGGCCGCAUGCCGAUAUCGCUAGCUACUGGCGAGCAGACAGGCGCCGCAGAGAUCCUUGCUACAGGACUCUGGGUGGCUGACGACUUUGCGCUCUCCGUCGAUGGUCAAAAGGCUUGGGUUGCUAUGAACGGACCAGACGUCAUCAUCGAGGUUGAUAUCGUGGAAAAGACGAGCCGUGUUGCCUUCAACUCCAGUCUACUGGGCGCCGCCUCGUCAGUUGCCAAGGGCCGCGUUUGUCAAGAUUUGCAAUAUUUAUACGUCACCACAUCACAGUCCAAUGGCAACUCCACCAUUGGCGGUAUUGUCAGAUUGCCUCUAUAA